AUGGUAAAAUUUGGUUCAAGUUUUGAAUUAUCAUUUCGUCGUUCAAUAUUUUCUUUAAUUCUUUUAUUUAUUUAUUUAAUUAUUUCUACUUUAAUUAUUUCUUUAAUUGGACAAUUUGAAUUAUUAAAAAGUGGAAAUUUAAAUAAAUUAUGUAAAGGAAAGAAGGAAAUACAGAGGGGAAGACGUUUAGAUUUUGAAAGAAAUGAAUUACUUAAUACACUUUGGGCUGAUUCUUUGGCUGUUAGAACUGGUCAGUAA